AUGCUCUGUCAGGAAGUUGGCAGUUCGAUGCCCCAAGGAAAUGAGCUUCAUUGUACACCACUGAAACAGAAGAGUGAAACAUCAAAUUACAAACAAGGAGUUGGUGCACAGAUUGCAGGUUCUGGAAAUGCCGAUGUGAGUAGUCCAAUGCAGACACUGAUCUCAGGGAAAGCUGGAAAGUCACAGAAAGCACCAAAGACAUCAAAGGCCAGAUCUGUUGCUCAAGCAACCUCAAGUUCAGGGUCCCCUUCAGGCGAUAAUGUUACUCCAGUUGGUCCUUGCCGCUAUGACAACUCCUUAGGUUCCUUAACAAAGAAGUUCAUUAACCUGAUCAAACAUGCAGAAGAUGGAGUUCUAGAUCUGAAUAAGGAAGCUGAUACAUUAGAGGUGGAGAAAAGGCGUUUAUAUGACGUCACAAAUGUCCUGGAAGGCGUUUGUCUGCUAGAAAAGAAAUCCCUAAACAUGAUACAAUGGAAGGGGUUAGAUGUCUCAAGACCAGGGGAAGUUGAUGAGACUGUUACAAGUUUACAGGCAGAAGUAGAAAAUUUGACGAUUGAAGGAAGUAAAUUAGAUGAACAGAUAAGAGAAAAGCAAGAAAGGUUGAGGGUUCUGAGUGAAGAUGAAAAUAAUGAAAGGUACCUCUUUGUAACUGAAGAUGAUAUAAAGAGCUUACCUUGUCUUCAGAAUGACACACUGAUAGCUAUUAGAUUUCCACACGGCACCAGUUUAGAAGUUCCAGAUCCUAACGAGGUUGUUGUUUAUCCACAAAGGAGAUCCAGUAUAGUGAUUCACAACACCAUGGGACCAAUUGAUGUUUACCUAAUCAGUAAAUUUGAGGAAAAGUUCGAAGAGAUAAAUCUUGUUGAGGAACAAUCAACCAUGCCUUCAACAUCAGGUUUCAUUGAGAAUGAAACUGCAGCAUUGUCUGUUGAUGAUGGCGGAGGAGUUGGUGUCGGGAUAGAGGAACAAGAAAAUCAAAGAGAGUGUCCAGAUGCUGGUACUUCCCAGGACCCUGUGAGUGGAAUUAUGAAGAUUGUUCCCAAUUUUGAUAAUCAAGAAGAUUACUUGUUUUUGUCAGAUGCCGAUAUUAGUAACACUGACUUGUGGACAGAGGGAAUCCAUGACUCAAAGUUAGCUGCUCGUGACGCGUUGGACUCAAUUUAUGAGGAUUAUUCAAUUGCAGAUGCUAGUACUCCACAUGCCCAAACUCCCCCAUCCAGUACCACUGAACGAACUUCUGCAAAUACUACUGAAGCUGAGUAAUAUUUCUUGGCAUU